AUGGAAACCACCACGAACAUCCCUGUGGCUAUUCCAACAGAUGGCUCAUUGACCAAGGCCAUGAUCAAAGAUAUUGUCAGCACAUUUCUCACCAAGGAGUGGCCAAAUGUGGAUCCAGAAACCCUUGUUGCGACAUACAAUACUGGAUACGCAAACACAAACUGUGUAUUGGAACGACCGAAGCCAAAUAGAAACACAAAUUCAGAGCCCCUCAGGGUGUUUGUCAAGAUCCACGGCGAACUCGAUGGAGAAAUCGAGGUGUUCAAACACUUGGUUCCCAAUAAACACGAAGAGGCACAAUUAUGCUAUGAUUACGCUCAAUCAGGUCCUGGUGCCAAAGUGUAUGGUUUCUUCCAGACACAGGACGGCAGUUUCGGAAGGGUCGACGAGUUCUUGGAUGCACGCACUUUGGAGACAGCAGAUGUGGAAGACGCGGAUAUCCGAGCUGAUGUUGCAAGAGAACAUGCCGUCUUUCAUACCUUGGCGACACAACGGAAAAAGAACCCAGUUCAACCAUACUACGAUGCUAUCACGCGAGAACUUACAAGAUAUCAUAAGAUGGACAAGUUAAAGAAGCUGGCCAACGAAGGAGGCGUGAAUAUGGACCAUCUUGUUGAUUAUGACUUUGUGUCCAGGAUAAGACGAGUUACAGACAGGCUGGAAUCUAUCGGCGCAAAAAAGGGAUGGUGCAUGCACGACGUGCAAUUCAUGAAUGUGAUGGUGAAGAACAACCACAAGCAAGGAGAAAGCAAAAUUGUGCUCAUCGAUUUCGAAUUCGUCUUUCAGAAUUACCGAGCGUUCGAUAUUGGUGGGCACUUUUUGCAAAAGAUGUUCAGGUGGUUUGACGAGGAGGACAAGAUUGCUAACUGUCGACCUUAUAUGGAAGAGGAGAAGAGGCACUUUUGCGAGGAAUAUGCAAAGAAAUGGAAUGACGAGACUGGGGACUCGGAUACAGGAGAACAGGUUUAUAUGGAAUCUGAGCUGGGGUUCAUGCUGGCCAUCACGUUUGAAAUUCACAACAUGCUGUGUUUUAUGGAUCAGGAUGAUGAUAAGGACCCGUUGAACAUCCUGGGGCUUAACAAGCUGUUUGAAGAGUUUGUCAAUCAGUAUAAGAAACUUGGACUAGCGAGUUGA